UUUGCCGAAAAAGGCAACCCCCGCACUCGCAUCAAUCAUUUGAACUUGCGAUAACUCCACGAUAACUGCUGUUCAAACCAUUGAUGCAAUGGUGAUUUCCAUGUAAUGAAGGUCCUCUCUCAUCCGCUUCAAAUGAUUAUACGACACAGUCGCGACAUCAUCAUGCGUAACUUCCAGUGUGACAAGGCAUUGUCCAUCAUUCACAAUGGCACUUUCCAAUUACUUAGCGCAUUCCACGUGCUCACAUGUCGUCUUCCUACUGAAGUGACUGAAUACAUUUCAGACAUGACCACACACGGCAUGUGGUGUCUCAGCAUUCCUGCAACCACUGCACCGCUCGAAGGAUCUUCAUCGGGUAGGGACCUUGAAUACGUAUGAUGAUCUGUUUCGUUUCUCAUUCAUUAGUGAGUGAUCUUCAUAUGAAUCCGAAAGUCUCCAACGUACCAAAUGCUAGGUUGAUCGAUAUUCAAUAUAUCGUGUGGACCCCCUCAUCUUACACUGGUGUCAACCCAUCCAGCGACGAGGCCGUCCAUCGCCAGGAUGAGUGCUCUGGGAUUUUAAUUUCAUCAUCAACGAAGAAGAAGUUGCGUAAAGGUUAUCUACCGCGGUAUCCGAAAGAUAACAGAGCGGAUCAAUGGGAAGCGAAUGUUACAGGUAUAACGUUUAAAUCGGAAGAAACCCGAAUUCAGAAGUAAGAUCGUGCCGCAAGUAUCUUAUUGAAAGAUUGACUUGCCAGCAUACAUUUUGUAUUACUAUGGUGUGACUAGUAACAAUUUGGGGAGGAGCGGUGAGCGCUUGAGCGCUUAUGCGGUGU